UUUACUUCCGGACUUUUUACGUUUAACCUCCGCAGCUGCGCCGUAGGGUUCAGCUCACUAUUGGGACCAAAUAGCGGCUCAAGGCUUCACUAGAAGACAGAGAAGCCGAGAAAAAAAGAAAUACGUGAUAAAUUCUCACAGUAAACUGGACAGCCGUUAGCCUCCACUUCCAGCCAAGCCCCAGCGCCUGCCGCACGAUGAGUGUCGGCGCUCCGCGAGGCCUGGCCAGCUCGGGGCAGAAGCACAUCGCAGAGAUUCUCCACCCGCUGUCCGCCGCCGAGGAGCCGCUCUCCCCGGGGCCAGAUGUCAGCGUCACCGCUGGGGGCGACAAGGAGGCAGGGCUGUCCAAUGGCACGCCGGUGGACACGCCGAGUCCCGCCUCUGCGUCCUCGCUCUUCAACAGGCUGCAGCUGGAUGACGACCUCGAGUCCGACCCACGGGACUACUACACCGCCACCGAAACCCGUGACCUGUUUGUCACGGUGGAUGACCCAAAGAAGCACGUGUCCACCAUGGAGACCUACAUCACCUAUAGAGUGUCCACCAAGACGACACGGAUCGAGUUUGACCUGCCCGAUUAUUGCGUGCGCCGCCGCUAUCAAGACUUUGACUGGCUGAGGAUCAAGCUGGAGGACAGCCAGCCCACCCACCUCAUCCCCCCUUUGCCGGAGAAGUUUGUGAUGAAGGGCGUUGUGGAUCGUUUUUCGGAAGAGUUUGUGGAAACGCGCAUGAAAGCACUGGACAAGUUCCUCAAGCGGGUCGCCGACCACCCGGUCCUCUCCUUCAACCCACAUCUUAACGCUUUCUUGUCUGCCAAGGACCUAAACAAGCGUCAAGGUCUGGCGCUGCUCACCAAAGUGGGCGAGUCGGUGAAGCACGUGGCCGGAGGCUACAAGCUGCGGGCGCGACCGCCCGACUUCUGCGCCAUGGGAGAGUACCUGGACACCUUCAGCCAGAAACUUGGCACCAUCGACCGCAUUGCUCAGAGGAUCCUCAAGGAGCAGUCAGAGUAUCUAGCCGAGCUACGCGAGUACAGCACCGUGUACUCCAGCUGGGCGGCUUCGGAAGAGGAGCUGCAGCGCCCGCUGGAGGGCGCGGCGAGCUCCCUGACGACGUCCUGCGGGGCGAUGGACGACCUUAGUGAGAGCAUGAGCCAGGACUUCCUGCCUGUGCUAAGAGAGUACGUCCUCUACAUCGAAUCCAUGAAGAAUGUUUUGAAGAAACGUGACCAGAGUCAGGCGGAGUACGAGGGACGACUAGAAGCGGCCAUACAGCGCAAACCAGAAGACAGAAUGCCGAUGCCGGCUGAGGUGGAGCGGUGCCAAGACAAAAUGGAGUGUUUUAAUGCCGACUUGAAGGCGGACUGGGAGCGCUGGCAGAGCAACAAGCGACAAGAUUUCAAGCAGCUUCUGAGCGGCAUCGCUGAUAAGAACAUCAACUACUAUGAGAAGUGCCAAGCAGCAUGGGAGUCGCUCAUAACGAUCCUGCAGGACAAACAGACUGACGACCAAACCAGUGAGACGGACUGAAGCAUCGUAUCACGCUGGCCCGUUCGAUAUCGUCUCACAUUCUUUGUCACGCCAAGAAGGGCCAAGGACCGGGGACACUGCAGGAUUUUUGUCUCGCUGUUGUCUCCCGAGAUGACAUUAUCAAGAUUGGAGGCAAUGACAGUGACCACUGGGCAAGCAGUGACAUGCUAUGUACAGACAUUCUUUUUUAUGUUGUUGCUUUUUCCCUUUUUCUACUUCACGUCACCUGCUAACAGUUGCCAAUGCUCCUUGUUUAACCACAAGCUAAGGAAGUGGUGUUUCUUUCAGUCUUGUUCCUACUUUAAGUUUGACACAAAGGGUACUUAUGUUUACAACCUCAAUUUCCCCCCCAAAUGUCUACACUUACCAUUCUUAAAGAUUGUUAUCCAAAGGUUCAAACGUGUUUUUUUUUACUUCCAGUUAUGUUUGAUUACUUCAGAAAUCCAUUUGCAGACACCUGAAACCUGCCUCUGUGUUUCACAACGCGCCCUUGGAGAUUCCGCGGCAGUUUUGUGUAACAACCCCACCGUCUGAUUCCCAUUUGCUCCCCAUCCUUCAGUUAACACGGGACAGCGAGCAGCUUUUAGCAAUGACGACGACCCCCCCGCCCCCCCAGACCCACGACUAGGGUGUUUUGAGUUGAAGGCUGAGCUCCAUCAGGGGAGCGAUCGAUCUCGGCCUUCAAUUGGUUUGAGACUAAAUCACUCUUGCUAAUUAGAAAAUCUCGUCGAGUUUGUCACGUCUGCUGUGGCUCCAGGGAAAGGAACCCGAUAGGUACAAUCAGUUUAAAUGUAAAACAGUGGUUGGGGUGCAAUAGUGACGCCUAGUGGCAAAGGAGGGAUUAGCAAUUGUCUCUUGCCAAUGCAUCUGUGGGAUUUCUUUCUUUCUGUUGUGGAGUUUGAAGCGGUGAAAAAACUUUUAAAUUAAGUGCAUAUGAUUACAAAUAUUUAUCUGUUCAGUUCUAACAACAACUGAAAGAACAUACACAAACUAGAAAAAUAAUAUAUAUUUAGAUAAUUCACAUUUUACCAACAAUAACUUUUUUUUUACAGUAGCACUUGUGCUGAUGCUAAAUGUUUUUAAGUAUUGCAGUAAUUGGAUUUAAAGGUACAGCUCAGGGAUAAUGAGCCUUGCCCCUGCCAGAUGGCUUUUAUUCUAAGAAAUAAUAAAACUUAAGAUCAUACAGCAGAGGUACACGGAUGUUGACAAAUCUAGUUAAAUAAACGCAGCAAGUAUUAUUUUAUUUUAUUUUAUUUUUUUACAAAAGAGCUGAUAAACAGUUUUGUUUACUUUUUGUGUUUAUGUUCUGUUUAAUUUAUCUCAAAGGUUUUGUUUACAAGUCAGGUCAGUUUGUCAAAAUGUUUAAGAUGGGAUGAGACAUUUGCAAUAACAAUAAUAAGCUAGUAAAUUUACAAAACAAUGUUUUGUGCUUGUACUGAGCCCUAGUGAAGCUCCACACAAAUGCCUGCUGAUUCACUGCACUAUACAAACCCGCCCCCUUUUUAUGACUCCUCCCCCUUUAAGACAUGGCAACUUUGCAUUGUGACAACUCUUGUUUUUUUUUUUUUCAUGAAUCCACAAAUGGGACAAGAUGACAGCUAAUUCAUAUAAGAAUGUAAAGAGCAAAAAAACUAAGCCCAAAUGUCCCGUCAUAACAAUCACAAGAUGAUCAAUCUAACUUAUUGAAAGAAGUAUUAAUACCUUCAGUUCUUUUGUUUGCCAGUUUUUACAUAUUGUACACUUGAACAUAUAUAAAGCUUGUAUAUUGAUGUUGUUUUGAUGCAAUUAUCUUUACCUCAAAUUAUUUUUGGGAUAUAUUGGACCAAUAAUAAAAUUGAUUUGAUAGUCA